GGACGAUCCGCAGCGAGGAUGAAAGACAGAGAGAGGCCCCGGGUGGACUUUGCUUCUGACCGUUGGCUGGGCUCUUUGAGGACGGGAAGAGGGAGCCAUGGCCAAUCCCGAGAAAGGCAUCUCUGGAGGGUGCUACGAUGCCAUCGUCCUCGGAGCCGGCAUCCAGGGCACCUUCGCCGCCUAUCACCUGGCCAAGCGACAAAAGAAGACGCUGCUCCUGGAGCAGUUCCUCCUCCCUCACAGCAGAGGCAGCUCUCACGGUCUGAGCCGCAUCAUCCGCAGCGCCUACCCGCAGGACUAUUACAUGGCCAUGAUGGUAGAGUCUUUCCACCUCUGGGCACAGCUGGAGGCCGAGACGGGCACCAAACUCUACAGACCGACCCCUCUGUGGGUUCUGGGCCGCCAAGAGAACCCCGAGUUCCAAAGCUACCGGAAGACCAUGGAGCGCCACCGUGUGCCAAGCGAGACCUUGGGUGCUGAGGCCUUUGCGCAAAGGUUCCCCGGCUUCCACCUCUGCGGAGGGGAGAUGGCCGUGUCGGACCGCACCGCAGGGGUCUUGUGCCCUGACAAGGCCCUUCAAGUUCUCCAGGACCAGUUCCGGGGCAACGGAGGGACCGUGUGUGACGGAGAGAAGGUGCUCAGGAUUGUCCCUGGGACUGUGGUCACCGUGAUAACCCAGAAAAGAGAGUACCAGGCAAAAAGCCUAGUGGUCACAGCCGGAGCGUGGACCGGCCCACUCCUGGCUCCUCUAGGGCUCCACCUGCCUCUCCAGCCCUUGCGCAUCACUAUCUGCUACUGGAAGGAAAACCGUCCUGGGACCCUUGAAAAACUUCCUUGCUUCAUUGGCAUCAAUCUCAAUGGAGACAAGCACCACAUUUAUGGGUUGUCCGCCGGCGACUACCCAGGCCUUGUCAAGAUUUGCUACCAUCAUGGCAACCCAGUGGAUCCCGACUCGCCGGACCGGCUGAACCAAAGCUCACUUCCCGUCCCCGACGUUCAGAUCCUGCGGGAUUUUGUGAGCAAGUACCUGCCGGGGCUGGAUCCUGAACCUGCUUUGCAGGAACGCUGCUUGUAUACAAACACUCCAGAUGAGGACUUUGUGUUAGACCACCAUCCACGUUUCAGAAACAUUGUCAUCGGGGCCGGGUUUUCAGGUCACGGGUUCAAGUUUGGCCCGGUUGUUGGAAGGAUCCUUUGCCAGCUGAGUCUGGGGGAAACGCCGUCCUACGACUUGGCCCCAUUUCGGAUCAGCCGGUUCCUGGGACGACCAAAGUCCACCUUGUAAGGCUUGAAGAAGCCAUGGGACCUCGACUAAGUGGAAGAGAAAUUUCACCUUGAUUUGGAUCAGCUCCUUUGGCUACGAUUUCUCUUAAUUUCAAAAUAAACUGUGAAUAACCAUGCUUGGUA